AUGCCGAACGUCUUUGCUGUGCCAGUCUUCUUCAUCUGCUUCCGAGAGUGCUUGGAGUGCAGUAUUAUCGUCUCUGUGCUGCUGGCAUUUCUCAAGCAAACGCUUGGCCCUGAGCAUGAUGCCGCAGUCCGCAAGAGGCUCGUUCGCCAGGUCUGGGUCGGCGUAGGACUGGGUGUCCUGAUCUGUUUGGUCAUUUGCGCUGGUGUGAUCGGAACUUUCUACACGGCAGGCAAGAACGCAUUCGAGGCAGCCGAGAACAUCUGGGAAGGUGUCUUCGCACUGGUUGCCAGUAUUAUCAUCACUAUCAUGGGUGCCGCGCUGCUCCGAGUCAGCAAGCUCCAAGACAAAUGGAGGAACAAGAUUCGAAAAGUGCUAGAGGACAAGGACACAAAGCCAGCUGGUGGUCGCUUCAAGAGGUGGUCCGAGAAGUACGCCAUGUUUAUUCUGCCAUUCAUAACCGUACUCCGAGAAGGUAUUGAGGCCGUACUCUUCAUCGCAGGCGUGGGCAUCGGCCUGCCGGCGACGUCGAUCCCCCUCGCGGCCAUCACUGGUCUCGGUGCCGGCGCACUCAUUGGCUACCUGAUCUACAAGGGUGGUAACAAGACAUCUCUCCAGAUCUUCCUCGUGGUCUCGACAUGCUUCCUUUAUCUUGUGGCUGCAGGACUCUUCUCCAAGGGCGUCUGGAACCUUGAACAGAAUGCGUGGGUCAAGCUUGCAGGUGAAGGCGCUGCAGAGGCAGGCGCUGGCCCGGGAAGCUAUGACAUCAGGAAGAGCGUGUGGCACAUCAACUUUGGCUCACCCCUUGAGAAUGGCUCUGGAGGUUGGGGUAUCUUCAACUCUCUAUUCGGAUGGCAGAACAGUGCCACAUACGGCUCAGUCAUCUCGUAUAACUUGUACUGGGUCGCCGUCAUCGUAGGCUUCCUGUUCCUCGCCUGGAAGGAACGCAAGGAGGUUGCAACUGCUCCUGAUGCUGAAGACAUGAGCGAGACAUCGAGCGGCCAAGCUGAAUUCGCGGGGAAGAAGACCAGCGAGGAGGGGCACGUUGUUGAGUCGAAGGUAACAGAGAUGCGUGCAUAG